CUGCACAGUCUUGAGGUCAUUCACACGUUCGCGUACUGUUGUUCACAACUAGCAGCUCAGCCUGUCACCGAACUUCAUACAUCAUGGCGAUGGCCAGAAUGGACGUUACGGAGACCUUUCACCACAUUAAAUUCUGCGGACAUCUGCACACACAGGAGUCAUUGAGCUUCGCGCAGAACUUUGAUUUUCUAGGCUCUGAUAUUUUGAUUGCAACGUAUCCGAAGUCUGGUACCACAUGGAUGCAGCAGAUUGUGUCCUUGUUGCUUAGCAAUGGAAACCCACAACUGGUAGAGACCAUCCCAAAUUGGGCACGAGCACCCUGGCUGGAGCAGUAUUACUUCAAAGAUCUCUGCAGAGUCUUGCAAAGCCCAAGGAUUCUUUCCACACAUCUCCCUUAUGAGAUACUGGCACCUGCACUUCAGGGCUCUAGAACAAAGGUGAUCAAUGUAAUAAGAAACCCAAAAGAUGCUGCAGUGUCCUACUACUUUUUCCAUAAAAUGGCAAACUUUUUACCAGACUACAGUACCUUUGAUGAGUUCCUCAACAGUUUUUUGGAUGGAACAGUGCAUUAUGGAUCCUGGUUUGAUCACGUGAAGGGCUGGGCAGGGAAUGCCAAAAAUCUGAACAUUUUCUACAUCACUUAUGAGGAGUUAUUUCAGGAUUUGGGAGGCUCACUGGAAAAAAUAAGCCACUUCCUGGGAUGUUCACUGUUACCUGAAGAACUGAGCAGCGUGCAGAGGAACUCCACUUUUGGGAGCAUGAAGGACAACAGCAUGGUGAACUACACCCUUAUACCCAACAACAUCAUGGACCACAGCAAAGGUCAAUUCAUGAGGCAAGGCAAAAUUGGAGACUGGAAGCAUCAUUUUACCAGCAAGCAGAACACAAGAUUCAAUGACGUGUUUAAUGUGGAAAUGUCUGACUCAAAGCUCGACUUUGUCUGGGAAUGAUGGACCUGCUUUAACGAGAAGGAUACCUUAAGGACACAAUGUACAGAAUUUUAUAUUCAAUGGAGGACUUUUUUUGCAGACUUGCACACCCUGUAUAUAAAUACUCACACACACACAUAUAUAUAUAUAUAAAUCUUUGUAUAUUUUUCAAAUGCUUACUAUAAAAAGCUAUGUUCAUUGGUCCUAAGUAUUAUUACAUGAGGAAAAGAGAGUAUUGGGGGUUGAAUAAGCAAAUGCCAAUACAGGUUUGUUUAACAUUUGGUGCCAUGUUGCUCUGCACAUUUUGACAAACUGCUUUGGGGUGGAGGAGCCCGUAAGCAGGAAACAGCAGCGG